UAUUCUUCGCAGUACACAACAAUCCCAUUGGUCACUUAUACACUUAACACCUACCGUUACAUCAAUGGCUGCUUCCUCUUCUUCUUUCGUUGCCACUCUCACUUUGGCUUUCUUUUUGUUCUUUUCUGGGAGUAGCGUCACUGCUCAAGUUUCAACUGAUUAUUAUACGAAAUCAUGUCCAAAGCUCUUUUCCACUGUGAAAUCCACCGUGCAAUCUGCAAUAUCAAAGGAAGCCCGUAUGGGUGCCUCUCUCCUCCGCUUGUUUUUCCACGACUGCUUUGUCAACGGAUGUGACGGCUCCAUUCUCCUUGAUGACACGUCCAACUUCAAAGGAGAGAAGAAUGCAGCUCCAAAUCGGAACUCUGCUAGGGGAUUCGAUGUGAUUGACAAUAUCAAGUCGGCAGUAGAGAGAGUGUGUCCUGGUGUAGUUUCAUGUGCUGAUAUAUUGGCUAUUGCUGCUCGAGAUUCCGUUGUCACUCUUGGAGGACCCAAUUGGAAUGUAAAACUUGGAAGAAGAGACGCUAGGACUGCAAGCCAAGCUGCUGCCAAUAACAACAUUCCUCCUCCAUCUUCUAACCUAAACCAACUCAUCUCUUUCUUUAGUAAUGCGGGGCUUUCCACCAGGGAUAUGGUUGCUCUAUCCGGCGCCCACACAAUUGGACAAGCAAGGUGCACAACCUUCAGAGCUCGCAUAUACAAUGAGACCAACAUUGAUAGUUCGUUUGCUCAAACAAGGCGAUCAAAGUGUCCAAGAACAACUGGCUCAGGGGACAACAAUUUGGCACCUCUUGACAUUCAAACCUCCACAAGAUUUGACAAUAACUACUACAAGAACCUCCUCCAAAAGAGGGGACUUCUCCACUCUGACCAACAAUUGUUCAAUGGUGGUUCCACGGACUCGAUAGUGCGUAGCUAUAGCAAUGGUCAAAGUAGCUUCAAUUCUGAUUUUGUGGCUGCAAUAAUCAAGAUGGGAGAUAACAAACUACUCACAGGAUCAAAUGGAGAGAUUAGAAAGAACUGCAGGAAGAUUAACUAAUAGCUUUUUAUUAUCCUUGGAUUGCAAAUAAACUAUUUGACAUUUUUGCUUUAAGCAUAUAUUAUGUGAUUUUGAUUUGGGGCGGAACUAUGUAUUGAGAGUCCAUAGCCCCCUCAAAUUUUUAAAUUCCCCUCCACCUUGAUUUUGAUUCCGCCCCAUGGCUAUGACCAUGUUAAUUAUUAGUAGAAAGAAACACUUGAUGAGUGCACUUUAAUUGUGAUCAAGUGGGAUGUUUGAAAACGUAAUGUGUUACUUUUCCUUACAAUAUAAAUGUGGAGAAAGCCUUUUGGCCUCCAUAAUCUUCUCGUUUUA